AUGCCUGAGGAAUGCGACAUGUCAACGAUCUCCAUUUGUACGCUGAGCAGCGGACCCCAGGUCUCUGAGCGUGAUCAUCCAGCCAAAUCCUUAGCCAUCAUAUUCAUUUUUCUCCAAUUUGGUAACCAGGAUGUCAGGCAGGACAGUAUGAAACACUCUGCACAAGUCCAGCAGCAAUUCCCCAACGCGGGGUACCUAUCUGAGCUCCCGGCUAGACAAGCUUUUGGACUGGCAUUGCUCCCUACACACCCCAGCACGAACAGGCCCACACGAGCCACCUACGGCGCUCACCAGCAGGCACCAAGCAAGACCACAGAGCUUGCAACACCAAGGACACCCGGAGUCCCGCACCGCACAGCUGCCCCCUUCACGGCGCCCGUCCCUCAGAACCGCCCCCACCAACGACCACCCACGGCCCGCGCCCCAGCCCCGGGAACGGAGCUGGCCAAUCAGCAGGCGGCACCGCUGACAGGCAGGAACCGGCAAAGGGUGACGCGUCGCAGCCGAGGGGCGGGACGGCUUUGCACUCCCAAUCUCCUCAGGCCGAGCUCUCUAAUUGGCUAUUUUUCCGCCAAGAUGUCCAAUCAGAUUGUGCCUUGCAGAAGCCGGCUGAACCUAUCAGAGAGGCGUUUCUUCUUCCGCCUCGGUAGUUUGAAACCCUUGCGCCCGGCGGACGCUCCGACCGUUGCCCGCAGGAUGUCAUCAGAUGAGGAGAAAAGCACAAGUCCAGUUUUGCUGAAAGACUCAGUUCGGGGCAGUUCUGUUUCUUCAGAUGUUCAGGAUGAGUAUGAAGAACUGCUUCGUUAUGUUAUAGUGACUCCAGAGUUUGAAGUGUGCAUCCCAAAGCAUUCAGAACCUUCCUCAGAACUGAGAGGAAGGGGCAGAUUUUCAAGUGUAACAGAUGACACCAUUUACCAUAAAACUCCAGAUUUACUGUCAGUGAAGGAGCGUACUGAGGUCAAUAUGGAACAACUUUGCCCUGUUUCAGAAGAGACUUCUUCACAAGAAUCGACACACAUUCCAAGAGAAAUUGAUGAAACCACAGUAACUGAAUUAACUGUACCUGAUGAAAAAGUUACUCAAAUAGAAAAUAUACUUGAUCUCUGGAGUGGAAGUCUUAAGACAAAUGUUCUGAGUGAAUUGAGAAAAUGGAAAUUAAGUUUUAUCGAACAUCACAAGCAUCAAAUGAGACAAGAAAAAGAGAAACAUGCUGAACAUGUGAAACAAUUGAAUAAUGAGAUGGAAAACCUUAAAGAGUUGCUACGUACUUAUGAGAUCUCUAUUGGCAGAAAAGAUGAGGUGAUUGCUAACAUGACAGAAGCAUUAGAGAGGAAGAAAGAGAAAAUAGAGUUAAUGAGAAUGUUUACACUGUGGCGGAUUCAGCAAAUUAAAGCUAAACAAGAGGAAUAUGCAAACAAAAUAGCAGAUAAACAGUUCCAGACAGCUUUGAAGAAGAAGGUAUGGACAGCAUGGCGCUCUCUCAGUGAAGGAAGAUGGAAAGAAAAAGUAGCUAAAGCCUGUCAGUUAAGGGCAGAAGAUAUCUGUGUUCAGCUUACCAAUGAUUAUGAAGCCAAAAUUGCAGAGCUAACUGCUACUUUGGAACAAACAAGAGCUGAGAUUCUGCGUCUGCAUAAUGAAAGAGAGCAGUAUGAAGACACUAUGAAGAAAGCAUUUAUGCGUGGUGUUUGUGCUUUGAAUCUGGAAGCAAUGACCAUGUUUCAAGGCAAGGACAAUAGGACAGAUCCUGAUUCAGGAAGUAGGAGAGAAGAUAAUGGUGCCAUUAUAGCAGGAAGGCUACCUCAUUCACAGUACAGUCCCCCUUCACCACCCCCUGCACCAGCAACUGCUCUUCACACGGAAGACUUGUUUUCUACUCACCUGGGUCAUGCAAGCACUUCUCAGACAAGGCUAGAUUCUGAUUCUCCAGUAAUCGUCCCUGGCACAGCUGCAGGAUCUGGGCUGGCAUCAACUCAGAAAUUGCCCAUGGCAAAAGUAAUAACAUCUGCUCAACAGAAGGCAGGGAGAACAAUCACUGCUCGAAUCACAGGCAGAUGUGAUAUGGGACAAAAACACAGAAUUUGUGGUAGUUUAGCAGUGAUGGGAGUUGCUCCACCCAUGAGUUCGGUCAUUGUUGAAAAACAUCAUCCGGUCACUCAGCAAACCAUAUCCCAAGCCACUGCUGCUAAAUAUCCUCGAACUGUGUUCCUUACUUCUGGUUCUACAACUGUGAGACCUGCAGGACAAGUUGGGCGAAUGCUUCAGAGCCAAACUCAUACCAGCGUUCAGUCAAUAAAAGUUGUUGACUGAGUAAAUAUCUUUCACUGGUGGAGGUUUUUAUCAAGAUAAGUAAUUUAAACCUCUUCCCAGUCUUUUCAAAGCUUGAUGUAGCAAGACCUACAGUGUGCAUCAUGUUUUCAGCCCUUUUAACAGAAAAAAAGUGUUUGCAGAAAGCUUCUGGAGGGGAAAAUGACCUUGGAAUGUUAUUCUACCUCCUAUUUGAAAACUUGGUUAUUAAGAUAAACACUUUAUUUAAAUAAAGAAUCUUUUGCACAUUUUCAAAUAAAGAAUAAAAUACA